AUGUGUAACGAAAGCUUUUCACUCGCUUGGGGUGCCAUCUGUAAGCGUUACGAUGUACCUCGCUUACUCAUCGGUGCUCAGCUCGACAAGCUGGUCAACCUUCCAGCACUCACCUCGCGAUCAUCAAAACAACUCUACUCGCUCAUUGAUCAGACCCACGAGGCGAUCAAUGCAUUACUCGCUCAGAAGGUCAAUCUCCAGGAAGGAGAUUGCUACCUUCUCACUCACAUAAUCAUUUCCAAACUCGACCGCUCAACCCGUGAAGCAUGGGAAUUAUCAUUGGGAUCUUCGGUAGAAUUCCCAAAACUCAAACAGCUGCGUCAAUUCCUGACGGAUCGUGCUCGUGCUCAAGAACGCUACGAGGAAAGUACCUCAAAGGCUGGUGACCACCAAAAAUCCAGUCACUCGCACUCGCACUCAAGCUCCAAAGCCCAGAAGAACUCUUACGCUCAUGUGGCAACAUCUUCGGCUCCAAAACCGGCUGGAACAUCAACACCAGCAAGCGCUCAACACAAAGUGGAGACCAAAGCACAGUAUCCGUGUGACCUGUGCCAAGGUGACCAUUAUUUGGUCAGAUGUGAUCAAUUUGGCAAGCUUACCAACCAACAACGCACUCAGCUGGUGAUCCAAGCCAGAUUGUGCCCAAACUGCCUUGGACAUCAUCGAGUAGAGGCAUGCAAAUCACCAUUCCGUUGCAGAGAGUGUCAGGAACAGCACCACUCAAUGAUUCACCCAGGAAUCCCUGCAACGCAAACUCAAGCACUCGACACGCACUCGCACUCGCCUACUACAAGCUCACCGCACUCAAACAACACUCUUGCCCACACUCAAGCUCAACAUACUCAUGAUCGCAGCACUCGUACUCAUCACUCGCCCACUCAGAACUCAACAACUGGUUGUACUCAAACUCAUCAUUACGCUACGUUACUAGCGACUUGUCAAGUCUACGUAGUGACCAAGUUAAGUACUCAUCCAAUACGCAUUCUCUUAGAUACCGGUUCUGAGAUAUCCUUUGUUUCAGAUUCAUUGGUAAGAAUGCUCAAUAUUUCUCGUGCUCGAUCACACCUUACCAUCCUAGGGAUAGGUGCAGCUAAAGCUGGCCAUACCAGGGGAUGUGCAACUCUCACUCUGCGCUCAUACCACUCGGAUCAAUCACUCACGAUAAAGGCUCACAUCCUCAGUGGUUUAACUGCUCGAUUACCAUCUAACCAAGUCCAAAACACCGACUUGGCACAGUACUCGCAUCUCACGCUCGCAGAUCCAGAGUUUGGAACCCCAGGUCCAACGGAUGUCAUCCUUGGAGCUGAUUACUACGGCCAGGUCAUCACUGGCGAGAUCAUCAAGUGCAAAUCUCCUGGAUUACUCGCUCAAAACACCAUCUUUGGCUGGAUUAUCAUUGGUCCAGUCCAAGCUCGGCUCAACAAACCACUGAGAAUUCAUCAUGCUGUCUCCAAUCAUCAUGAUCAAGAUCUUCAAGACUUACUAACUCGAUUCUGGCUCCAAGAAGAGGUCAGUCCAACUCAACUACACUCAUUAACUCCCGAAGAAGAGGCUUGUGAAGCUCACUUCCGGGACACUCACACUCGAGACAGUUCUGGCAGAUACAUCGUCAGACUGCCAUUGAUAUCAGACCCGCACCAGCUGGGGAACUCAUACACAGCAGCUCGUCGCUGCUUACAACACCUCAUGCGACGUCUUGAUCAUGAUGCUCGGCUCAAAACACUCUACAUGAACUUCAUGGCAGAGUAUCUCGAACUCAAGCACAUGGUGCCUGCGGCAUCAUCUACAUCAUCAAUUCAAUACUUCCUACCCCACCAUGGGGUACUGAAGGAGGACAACAACAAUUUCAAGAUCCGUGUGGUCUUCAACGGCUCAAAACCAACCAGUUCAGGACUCUCACUCAACGACAUCAUGCAUACCGGGCCAAAAUUACUCGUUAACAUCUUCGACGUACUCAUCAGCUCGCGACAACACCGGUUCAUCUUUAUCACAGAUGUUACCAAAAUGUAUCGACAGAUUUUGGUUCACGAAAAGGACCAGGGUCUGCAACAAACACUCUGGUUUGAUGAGGAAGGAAACAUCAUUCCCUUCAAACUCACUACAGUUACUUAUGGGACGAAAUCAGCUCUAUUUCUCGCUGUUCGAGCCCUGCUGCAAUUAGUCGAAGAUGAAGGACAUCGAUUCCCACUCGCAAUCGAUCCACUCACAAAAAGACGGUAUGUUGACGACAUUUCCGGAGGCGCAGAUGAUCUCGAGUCAUUGCAAGCAGUUGCAAAUGAUAUCGAGGAUCUGUGCAAGGCGGGCGGAUUCCCACUCGCCAAAUGGGCAAGCAAUCAUCGCAAACUACUUCAGCUCAAUCGUGCGGAAGCGAUUACAAAAUACAAAAUAGAGGAUCCAGAAGUCAGCACCAAAAUUCUUGGGAUGUACUGGUCUUCAAACAAGGAUCAAUUCUCUUUCAAACACUCGCCACCAUGCUCAACUCAACCAUGCACAAAGCGUGCAAUUCUAUCAGAGAUUGCUCAGAUCUUUGAUCCACUGGGAUUCCUAUCACCACUCAUAAUUCAAGCCAAAAUGUUCAUGCAGGAACUUUGGCUUGUCAAACUCGGCUGGGACACUCCAUUAUCUGCAGAACUACGUCAGAAAUGGACUUCAUUCGAAACUCAACUCGACAUGAUUCAUAUCAUCAAGAUUCCCAGAUGGAUCCACUCGUCCACGAACUCGGCUCUAGAAAUCCAUGGAUUCUCCGAUGCCUCGCAAUUGGCGAUGGCUGCGGCAGUAUUUAUCAAGGUCCUACCGACAACUCGAACUCAGAGAGCAAAGGUUACGCUGCUUUGCUCUAAAACCAAGGUGGCACCGUUGAAACCCCUAACGAUUCCACGCUUGGAACUCACCGCGGCUCACAUGUUGGCAAAACUCGUCAAACACUGCCAGACUACACUCAACUACUCGCAUGUGCCAACAUAUCUUUGGACCGAUUCAUCAAUCACGCUCACGUGGAUACACUCGCACCCGUCUCGCUGGGAAGACUUUGUCAGGAAUAGGGUGUCAUUUAUUCAAGAACUAAUUCCAGAUGGCCACUGGAAGUUUGUCCCUGGCACUGACAAUCCAGCAGAUUUUGCAACUCGAGGCUUGACAACCAGUCAGCUUAAAACUCAUCAACUAUGGUGGUCUGGCCCAUCAUGGUUGCUCGAAGACUCGCCGUCCUGGCCAACCAGUCCUAUUCAUAAAGAUGCAGAUACUCACCUGGAAGAACGUCCAGUCAAAUCACUCUAUGUUUCGGCUCAACCACUCAACUCGUCUUGGACGCUAAUGGAACGUCCAAUCCCACUAUUGCGUAUGCUCAGAGUUACAGCAAUUUGUGGGAGGGUACGCGAUAUAAUCAAACGCAUACCACACUCGACUCUCGCUCGUCCACUCACAUCAACUGAAAUCAACCUCGCACUCCAGUUCUGCAUCAAGGAAACUCAACGUAUUCAUUUCUACUCUGAACUCCAAUUACUCGCAAAACAGGCAUCAUGGCCAAAGGAUCACCCAUUUGCUCAGUUGGUGGCUUAUCAAGACACCGAUGGCAUCAUCCGAGUAGGGGGGAGAUUGGAAAAUGCUCCAAACUCAGAUCAACAGAAGCAUCCUGCAAUUCUACCUCGUGAUACUGCUCUAACUCGACUCGUCAUCUCUGAUGCCCAUCAGCGUACCAUGCAUGGUGGUACUCAACUCACACUCGCUCAUACUCGACUCCGAUACUGGAUCAUUGGUGGACGUCAACCAGUACGUUCACACAUACUCAAAUGUCUCGUCUGUGCUCGUCAUCGAGGUGUUCGCGCUCAGCAAUUAAUGGGACAACUCCCAACUCAACGUGUCACUCCAGCGCCACCAUUUUCUCACACUGGAGUUGAUUACGCUGGUCCAGUAUCAAUAAAAUCAUGGAAAGGUCGAGGAUCCAGGAUAUACAAGGGGUGGAUCUGUGUGUUUGUCUGUCUGACCACAUCAGCAGUUCACGUCGACCUUGUCAGCGACUACUCAUCAUCAGGAUUCAUAGCAGCUCUCCGACGGUUUAUUCACCGUCGAGGGGUAUGUACAGCGCUCUACAGCGACUGUGGAACGACAUUCCAAGGCGCGUACUCGGAACUCAAGCGGCUCUUCACUCAAGGCACUCAAGAAUCUCAUGCUCUACUCGAUUGGGCCACUGUGCAUCAAAUCACAUGGCAUUUCAAUCCUCCUGCUGCUCCCCAUAUGGGUGGUAAAUGGGAAGCCGCAGUGAAAUCGGUGAAACAUCACCUGACUCGCACACUCGGAGAAUCAGCCUUCACGUUUGAAGAACUUACGACUCUUUUAACGCAAGUGGAGGGGAUUUUGAACUCGAGACCAUUGGAGGCUCUAUCCGACGAUCCUCAGGAUCCUUCAUCGCUCACUCCAGGUCAUUUUCUCAUUGGGAGACCAAUCGCUGCGAUCCCUGAACCUUCACUCAUGGAUACAGAAGUAUCAAGACUCUCUCGCUGGCAGUUCAUUCAGCAACGUGUCCAGCAUUUUUGGAAUCACUGGUCCACCAGCUAUAUUCAACGUCAUCUGGCUCGAACCAAGUGGCAUCAUGCUCGCAAUCACACUCGGCUCGCUAAGCAUCUAUUAAGUUCUGACUUGGCUCUUACUCGUUCUCAAUGUCGCGUAUCAAAACUAAUUGUGACGAAAACUUAUACUCGAAAUAUUUACGAUCGUUGA